AAGUCAUCAAUGACAGCUCGACCUGCUCAUCCCUUACUCUCCAUUUUCUCUACAUUUACUGUGAUUACUUUGCGGGGACUUGAACCCAACCCAUCCUGCAGGACAGGUUGCCCGCCGACCCACAACAGCCCGGGUGCGCGGCGCGAGUGGGCGAUCAUCCGCGCGCCACCAGAACGGCUCCCGCGCAUGCGCGUUGUCGCGCGAUUAAAUGGACUGCGGCGCGAGGAGAUCAACGGUGAGGCGCGUCGGUGUGAGUCUUCAGAAAGUUUGGAACUGAGGGGGGAAAAAUUAAAUAAAUAAAAACGCUUUUUAGGAAGGGGGAAUUUUUUUUCCCCCCGCAGUCCACGCCGGAGGAUUGUUAAUGUAAUUUUUUUAAUGUGUGAGUUACCUUGAAACGGGGUUUGCUCAGCCUUGUUGUUGUGAGUUCCUCACUCAGCCAGGAGCAGCAGCGCAUCGGUGUCGAGAAAGAGAUAAACAAACAAACAAACAACCAAGGAAGAGGACAGACAGCCCUAAACUGUGCGAGUCCACACGUCGCUGCGAUGAACAUAUGAAGAGAAGAGAAGGCAGAGCUGUUUUUCUGAAGCCAGGCUGGGAGCUCCACCACGUCAGACAUUUGACUGGAUCCAGGAGAGGAGUGGAAGCAGAGGACCAAUGGAAAACACACAUGCCCUCAAUGAACAGUCUGUGAAAAAAACGCAGAGUGAUUUGCAUGUUUCAGAGUCCUCUGACAGCAGGCCUAUGGAAAUGCAGGACUUGGCCAGUCCUCAUAGCCAAGUCACUGGCUCUGAGUCCUCAGGCUCCAAACUCGACAAGACCAACUUGAGUGAGGCACCCAUCACAUCUAAUGGCACUGGAGGAGAGAGCAUGACAAUUCUCAACACUGCGGACUGGCUGCUGUCCUGUAGCACCUCAUCUUCUACGCCCAUAAAGACAGAGCCCCUGAAUAGCGAGCCUGCCAGUACCUCGGUGGACACCGCGCUGGAUACCUACGCCAGCUCAGUGAUCACAAGCAGCGGCUACAGUCCAAGAUCCACACAGCAGUACUCACCCCCUCUCUACCCUUCCAAGCCGUACCCUCACAUUCUGUCUGCACCAGCUGCUCAGUCUGUGCCAGUGUAUGCAGGCCAGUCGCAGUUCAGCAGCAUGCAGCAGUCCACUGUGUACACAGCCUACUCCCAGACCGGGCAGCCUUAUGGACUAUCCACUUACGAUCUGGGUGUCAUGUUACCAGGAAUUAAGACUGAGGGUGGUCUGUCUCAGCCGCAGCCCCCCCUACAGACUGGUCUUACGUAUAGCCCUGGGUUCAGCACCCCCCAGCCUGGACAAACCCCCUACUCACCCUAUCAGAUGCCAGCCUCCGGUUUCACACCGUCCUCAGGCCUCUAUGCCAGUAACAACUCUGUGUCUAACACUGCAAACUUCAGCAGCUCUCAGCAGGACUAUCCAUCUUACACGGCUUUCGGCCAAAACCAGUACGCCCAGUACUAUUCAGCUUCCACCUAUGGAGCCUACGUGACCUCCAGCCCCGCCCUGGAUAGCACAAGCUCUGCCUCCUCCACCUACCAGCUGCAGGACUCAGUACCUACCCUUGCAGGGCAGGCAGCAGAGCUCCACCAGGCAGAUUUUGACACGGUGCAGAGCCCCUCCACCCCGAUCAAAGACCUGGAUGAGAGAAGCUGCCGAAGUUCUGGGUCCAAGACUCGUGGCCGAGGGAGGAAGAACAAUCCAUCUCCUCCGCCUGACAGUGACCUGGAGCGUGUGUUUGUGUGGGACCUGGAUGAGACAAUCAUUGUGUUCCAUUCCCUCCUCACUGGCUCAUACGCACAGAAGUACGGUAAGGACCCUCCGAUGGCCGUGACCCUGGGUUUGCGCAUGGAGGAGAUGAUCUUCAACCUGGCUGAUACCCAUCUCUUCUUCAAUGAUCUCGAGGAGUGUGACCAGGUUCACAUUGAUGAUGUGUCAUCUGAUGACAAUGGCCAGGACUUGAGUACUUACAGUUUUGCAACUGAUGGCUUCCAUGCAGCUGCAACCAGCGCUAACCUCUGCCUAGCGACGGGCGUCAGAGGUGGGGUGGAUUGGAUGCGGAAGUUGGCAUUUCGCUACCGAAGAGUAAAAGAGUUGUAUAGCACGUACAAAAACAAUGUCGGGGGCUUGCUCGGACCCGCCAAGCGGGAGGCGUGGCUGCAACUCCGGGCAGAGGUAGAAGCCCUCACCGACUCUUGGCUCACCAGUGCCCUCAAGUCCCUCUCCAUCAUUAGCUCCAGGAGUAACUGUGUCAACGUUCUGGUCACUACAACACAGCUCAUACCAGCACUUGCUAAAGUGCUUCUACACAGCCUGGGCUCUGUCUUCCCCAUUGAGAACAUAUACAGCGCCACCAAAAUAGGUACGGAGCCAAAGAGCACUUCCCUCCAUCCUUAUCCGCACCCUCAUUCCUGCAUUGUCAAGAUCUGUGCCUUUAACUACUGUGGGUUAAAUCAGAAACAAACCACUUCCCUGUGGCUGUACUGUGGGCGGAGCCUGGCUUCCUCAUCAAAUGGCUCAUCGUUUAGUGAAACGAGCGAGGACAUGUGGCAGUGCUGUGGUCAAACAGCUGGAACCUAAAGGUGGUCCUGCUGUUGUACCCUUGAGCAGAGCUACAUAUAAAUUCAUUGACAAAUUUCCAUCUACAUGAAUGAAUACAUGGGGGAAAAGGUUGAACUGUUAAAUGUUCAAAUGUAAUGAUCACUGUUAAUACUGCAAAAGUAGCUGAAGAGUGAGUUACUGGGGGUACGUCAGCAGUCUGUCAUGAGUACAUUAAACAAGUGUUCCUUGUCAGAAUUCAAAUUUAAUGUGAUUUUUUUUUUUUUUCUUUUUGAGAUUCUCCAUAACCAAUCAUGCUAACCGUGCAUUGCACAGGCACCGAGCAGAAGGAAAUUAACAUUCAUACCUGUGUCUCUCAGUUGGAGGCGUAACCGCUGUCAUCUCACACUUGACACAGUGGUUAAAGAUCAGUGUGUUUUGGGUUCACUGUCUAACAGUAGAAGGCAGAGGAUCACAGUGCUGUGAAACCCAGACCACGUUUCCCUCUCUUUUAGUGGAGGAGGAGGAGCCAGGAGAGCUGCGUGCGUGCGUGCGUGCGUGUUCACUGCUCUCAUCCCGUUUGAGGAAGCCAGCCUCCCCCCCAGGGGCCCUGUAAACGAAGGUUAAGCACUGCAUUGU